GACUUAGAGUCGAAGGAUGAGUUUAGCCAAACAUCGCUAUUAAAUGCAGCGGAAAAUGGGCAUUUGGAUACUGUUCAGCUGCUGCUUAAUAAGGGGGCCGACUUAGAGUCAAAAGAUGAGUUUGGCCAAACACCGCUAUUAAAUGCAGCGGAAAAUGGGUAUUCGGAUACUGUUCGGCUGCUGCUUGAUAAAGGAGCUGAUAUUAACUCUAAGGAUAACGACGGGCGGACACCA